AUGCGGGUGCCGAGGACGAAGAAGAAGGUUCAGAGCCUCACCGGUCGAGUCGCCGCCUUGGCCCGUUUGAUAUCAAAGGCCACCGACCGGUGCGCCCCUUUCUUCAAAGCUCUCAAAAGGAGCAAAUGGAAGGUCGAUUGGACUUCCGAAUGCGACCGAGCGUUUGACGAUCUGAAAGCCUACAUGAGCAGAGCCCCUCUGCUAUCCACCCAUUUUCUCGGAGAAGACCUUAUUAUCUAUCUCUCGGUCUCGGCAUUGGCCUUGAGUUCCGUGCUCAUCCGUCGACUAAACGGCAUUGAGCUCCCCAUCUUUAUAUGA